GUGCUCCAUUUGUUGUCGAAGUCCCUAAGCCCUAGAAGCAGCCCUGCCACUCUGGACUUUUCGCAGGAAUUGUUGGUACGAAUUUUCUACGAACAAAUCCUGGAAAAUCUCUUUUCCACCAACACCCUCUGUGGUAGGGCGUUUUUAGUGCGUUCGUUUGUAUAGUAAACUAGUAGUGUAGUGGUCAAAAGGAGCAGGAGGAUGGAAAUCAGCAAGAAAAAUGCAUUUUUCGAAAAGCUCAAGCUAAACGUGACCGAUUCCUUCGAUCGACUGCGAAAAGCGGUGGAUAUGCGGGAAAAACUUCUGCUGAGACAGCUGACGGUGCUCGUCCAGCAGGCCCAACACAUCACGCACGAGUUCGACAGCAUCCGGUUUAGCGGCGACGGCGAGGAGGAUCUGAUAGGGCGCAUCAGAGCGUACGGGCGGUACAAUACGGAAAACCUAAACAUCAUGCUCCAGAAGGAACCGUACGAAAACGAGGACUAUAUACUGCCCUCGAACGAUCAUGAUAUCAUGCACAAAAGCUGCCGGCAAGGGGCGGACGAUGAGCGGGAUCCGGAAAGCGAGGAGAUCGUUGUCGAGUUUUUCAACAACCGCUCGCUGAUCCGCGAAGGCGCCGAAAUGUUGUGCGAAUCGAUCAUCAACCUUACGCUGAACGAAAGCCGUGAGCUCAUCGAUCGAACGAUUGGUGUGAAGCCAACAACGGACCUGGUUUCGGGAGAAGAAGAAGAUGUGAGACUAGAAGAGCAUGAUUUACCGGAAGUGCGCACGUGUAAAAUUGAUCCAACGGCCUAUCGGCUACCCCAUCGUAACCACCGGAGAAGCUCCUUGUCAGGGGUGGCUUUGCGUGAUGAAACGAACUGUGGGGACUGGGUGCCAUUCCAAGGUGAGCUGCACAAUAUUGUCAAGGAGCUCGGAGCUGAGGGCAGUGAUGAUGGCUGCAACAACAAUCGUAAACCCAGUGGCGGUAACCUUGGCAACCAGCACCAGUUGGUAGCCGCGAAGACGCGCAGUACAUCGCGUGAUGGAGACAAAUUGGUUUCACAUUCCUUUCCAACGCCCCACCGUAUGAUCCCCAAAGCAUCGCAAACGGACGGUCUACUGAUUGCGGCCACCGAUUCGGAAGGAAAUUUGACUCCAUGCAAAGCUGCCACAGACAAAAGGGUGCACAAUGUUGGCCAUUUAACGAUGGGUGGUUGCGGCAGUACCAUCAAUUUGAAAAACGUAACCAAUCUGACGAUAAACGCAUGCCCGGAGCGCCUACCGGCCCCGACAGUGACGAAAACGGUGGAACGUGCUUCCGCUACUGAAGCAGCAGAAAACAAGGUACCUUCCGAGGAAGGAAGUCCGGUGUGUGGUUUCUACAAGCGGCUUAUUACGGAAAACAAGAUCCUAAGAAAUCACAUUUUUAAUUCAAAAGAAACGACCGAUACGGCGAACAUUGCGAAUCAACCGACGUUGGAUGCGGAUAGUUCCUCCGCAUCGGCCAAAACUUCUUCUCAGGAUUCUUUGUACGAUUUGUACUAUGAAGUGCUGCGGUCUGUGGCGGAAGAAAAGGCAGAGAUGAAACGGAAAAUAGCUGAAAAAAAUCAUCCGAGCUUAGGGAUGAUGAUGAGAGACAUGUACGAUCGACUGAUCGAGCAAGCAAAAGCAACUGGAGCCAAUCCGUUGAUAAAGCAAGAGAAAACGGAGGAAGAGGCAGAAACCGAUGCGACGCACAUACAACAGUGGCUCGAGCAGAUCUUUACGGAACCCGAGACAGAACCAAUUCAAAACGAUGAUAUGCUGGAGUUUAGUAAAAUUGACUAAAACCCCGUGUGGAGGAGCUCCGCGUACAACAGAUCAUUCAUCAUCAUCAUCAUCUGUGAUUAUUUCCAUUUGGUUUAUGUUCCCAGGCAUGCCGCAGUGUAGGGGCUGUUUAGCAAAACGACUUGCUCAAUAUAUUUUUUCCUACGACAGUCAAAGUCAAUGCAUCGUCGGAGGCAGUGAUAUUGGUUGAAAACCAUCAGCGCCACUUUUGCCGAACUCCCCCGGCAACGGUGAACCCUUAACAUGACCCUCUUUUUUCUUUCGUAGAUUCUUUUCGGUUCAGCAGGAUUCGUCUUCUAAAACCUUUGUUAUAGAUAAGCAGUAAUAACUAAGUGCUUGAUGCAUUUUUCUGCUAGUGUAUUGUAGCAUAUGGUAUCCAACAUUUGCAGCUAUUGAUUUGUUAGAAAAGAGUAAUGUUCAGAUCUCUGUGCCAUUCUGGAUUACUGAAGCUGGACAAAUCGAAUAAGUAGGAAUAAUGAAUAAGCAGCAGCUGCUACAGUGUCCAUCGAUGUAUGUCCAUCAUUUUCUCAUAGCUACGAUUUUUAAAUAGCAUUUGAACUUCUAGCUAGAUAUCGAAGAAUCAUGGCGAAGUCAGCGUGUAACGGGGAGUCACUUAAUCGAUGUACUGAGUGUGUGUGAUUCACACUUUUGAAUGUAACAAUAAGCUUAAUCUCGGUUUCUAAUCACGCGUACUCCAAACCGCUAGGUAUGAACAAAAAUGCAACAGAAGUACAUUAAAGACAAGAUUAAGAAUCAACUUAAACUAGGCUAUCCCCCACCCAGAUUGGUCUCAGGAGAUGAGUUUUAUGUCCGUUGGGAGCACAUAAACUAAGCACCGAUUCAUUUGUGUGUACUUAUGGAAAAUGAAAUAAAGGUAA